AUGAGGAAAGCCUUGAACAGGAUACACAGGAAAUUUCGGGCGAUGAAGGAGCUGAUGGCGAUGAAGGAGGUGAUGGAGGUGGUGGAGGUGAUGGCGGUGAAGGGGGUGAUGGGGGUGAGGGAGGUAGUCCCUGCAAACGAGGUGGAACCAAGAGAGGGCGUCCAAGAGGAUCCGGACGGGCUAGUCAAGGAAGGGCUGCUCGGGGAGGUGACGGCGAUGAAGGACGUGACGGCGGUGAAGGAGGUAGUAACUGUCAACGAGGUGGAGCCAAGAGAGGGCGUCCAAGAGGAUCCGCACGGGCUAUCCAAGGAAGGGCUACUCGAGGAGGUGGUGGUCGAGGAGGAGGUGGUCGAGGAGGAGGUGGUCGAGGAGGAGGUGGUCGAGGAGGAGGUGGUCGAGGAGGUCGAGGAGGGGGUGGUCGAGGAGCCGCUGGUCGAGGAGGGGUAG